AUGUUUAUCAUGAACACAUUUCGGCUUGCCUGCCUGCCUUCUUCAUUCCUUUUACAACAAAAGAUUCUUUAUUAUAAUUUAUUUGAAAUGCCAAUAAAGUACAGAAUUGAAUUCGCUUUUUUCUGCUUCGUUCAAAAUGCUGUAAAUCGUCAACAACCCAAAAGCAAGUCCGAAAAGGACGUCGUUGAAACACAAUUUAAAUGCGAUAUGCGAAUUUAA